UGCAGUGCUAACGCUAAUCGGCCUAAACGCACCAUGGCCGACGACAACACGAUCAUCGAAGGCACGGUUAAAUUCCGAGAUGGAAAGAAGUGGAAGUCACGCUGGUGCGUCAUGCGGAAGCUGUCACCUGUCGCGGAUUGCGUCCACCUUCAAGUGUAUCGCGACUCGAAGGCGCGUUGGGGCGGCGCUGCGAGCAAGGCCUCCCUCUCUCUGCAGCAAUACCUGGGCUGCGAGGCCGGCUUUACGCUCGACAAGCAUUCGCAUACACUAGCACUCCUAUGUCGCGACUUCACGGCAGUGCUUGCCUUCGAAACACGCGAGAGACUUAUACAAUGGCAGGUAAAAGUUGGAGCUCAACUAGGGGAGGCGCGACAAUAUCUUGUGCUAAUAGGGUCAGCAGGGACGAGCACUGGUUGUAAGAGAUUAGCAGCGGGCCCUGCGCGACUGCAUCUACAUCACCGCCGCUUCGCAUUGACUGCAGGCGUGCCACCACGCUUGCUGGGCGUCUGGGAAAUAGCACAUCUGAGACGAUACGGCGUCGUCGAUGGGCGUUUUUGUUUCGAGGGUGGGUCACACUGUGGAAAGGGUGAAGGACUUCACGUACUAGUGACUGAUCAGGCUACUGAGAUUGCACGUGACUUCGAUUUGGCAUCGAGAGGGCAGUUGUCACCUAGAAGAAGACCCUUAGGUACAAGAAAAGAUGGUUUGCAGAGUCCUCAUUCCAAUAAAUCCUUCAAAUCAGAUUUACGCAGAUUAGAGUUGAAUACAAUAGACCGAUCACUCCCUCCUACAGAUUUGCGUUUAUAUGAAGAUCCUUGUAUAGGAGAUGACAUGGGUGCCAUUUCGCCUUAUUGGCCUUCAGCAGAACGAACUCAAUAUCCUGACAUGGGCUUAGGUGACACGGCAUCCGUAAAUGAAACAAUUGAUGGUGCAGAUAUGACUCCUUGGAACGGAAAUGGAAAUGUUAUGUUAGAAAGGUGUAUGAGUUGUAUAUCGAAAUUAGGUGCGUUAUCUCGAUCGUCUACGGCUGCUUUAACACCAGGAGCAAAACAUUUUAGUCCAGCGUGGACAAUGGAAGCUGUAAAUGAAACUCAUAAUGAGGUAACAGCUACUGAUGCUGCCGUAAGUAGUGAUACACCAACAAGUGGGUUCAAUAUGGACGAUGUCUGUCGAUGUUCAGUGGAUAAGCCACCUGAUCGACCUCCUAAGCCCUCAAGAAUAGAACUUAAAUUAACAAAAAAACCCCCUAUGCCUUUACCAGUAAGGUCGUUUACUCAUACUCAUCUAUCGUCUAUUGGUGAAAAUAACGCAACAAACGUUGGCCCAUAUGAAAAUUACGAUGUGCCAAAAAUACCAUCCGCAGAGGCAGAAGGAGAGUACUACGACACUCCAAAAAGACUUAAAGAAUGUCUUAAUAAUGAAUUAUUUCAAAUCACAAAAAGCUCGAAUUCAAACACACUUAUAUUAAAAAAACCUUGUGGAUGUUUACUUAAAUUAGGAAAAAAGUUGAAACAACCAAAAGUAAUAGAAACGGAUGAAAAUUUUCAACCAACCAAUUGCCCUUGCCAAAGAGUAACAGAUUGGGCAAACAACUGGAUUAAGCUGCCUUAUUGUAACAGAAAUAUAGACGAAAAAGAAACAAUAGCGAAAAAUAAAGAAAAUGUCAUACCGAGUACCAGUGAUCGAAGUGCACUUUAUGCAACCGUGGAUUUAUCAAGAAAAACUAAGAGAAAAACACAAAAUGAAGUCUGUUUGUCAUCUAGCGAUUCAAUGACUCGCAGUCUCGAUUCAAGAGUAAUCCAGAUUGAAGAGGGUCCUCAAGCUAAUUAUGAGAACCUAAAUUUUGCUCUAUCUUUAGAACAUUAUGAAAAUGCAAAAGAUUUAUUAAGAAGAGCAGGAGUUACACAAACGGAACUUGAUGCUCUUAGUACUAAUUUAAAGCCAAUUAUGGGUUUUACUACGAUAAGUGGAAAAACGAUGUGUAAUAAAUGCGGUCAUCUUAAAGAAGAUAAAGUUGGAAAUAUUAAUAGAAAAAAUUCUAAUGAUGAAUAUUUGAUGAUGGAACCCAAUUCUUUAGAAAAUAAUAAAUUCGAUCAGGACAAAUUAUUACCAUCUGGAUAUACCCCAAUGUCUCCGAUAGGUAGUUUUGGAUUCCAUACUUUGAAAUAUCCAGCAAAGAAUCCUAUAAGCAGAUUGCUUGAUGAAAAAUCUGCAAGUAACCCUACAUUAUUUGGGCCUGAAGAAACACGGCCAAACGCAUCAUCCGCUGGAGAAAAUAUUGAGUUGCGAGCAGUACGAGAUCGCGCAGAAUUUCGAAAAAGGUCAAGUUCUGCUGAUUCUUCAAGAUUUCUCGACGAUGUUAAGGAAUUUGACAGUAGCGUUGGAAGCCGAGGUUCAGCUUCUUCUAUUGAAACUCUACGAGAUUUGGGUGUACGUGAAUCGAACACACCUUGUGACUGUGUUACAAGUAAGCACUCGGACGCUGAUAGUUCUGAAGCAUCUAAAGUGAAGGGCAUAACUGUCACUGCUGGUGGGAAUAGAGAUUCGUCAAGUUCAAAUGAUUCAGGUGUAUCGAGUUGGUCUCUACGUGGUGAAACAGCACCCAAUGCAGCAGAUUUUGAACUUCCGGCAACGACUGCGGCGACAAGGCGAAGAUAUCGUACCGCUCGCCGCACAACUGAUUCUCCACGUGGUACACCUCUUCGACGAUCUCGUUCUUCUGGAGGUACAAGAAAUUCACCACCCGCGACGCAUAAAUGUUGCUCAGCUGAAGCAGAAGUUCCUGUUCUCAUUGUAAAGCCACUUAGAGGUGUCAUGGAUACGCAUAGCACAUCCAGCGGUACCUCCGAUAUGUCGGACUACAUCGAAACACUUUCCAUUUGUUCUUCGCACUCCUCAUCAGACACUCCUAUUACAAUGCGAGUUGUGCGGCAAACUACGAGCACACUUCGGCCGCGUUCUGGAAAAGAGUACCUGCCGUUAGCACCACGCCUCGCCGCUGGUCUGAGAUCGACCCAGCCGCAUUUAUAUUCAAACCUCCCGUAGUCAUCAGCCAUUUACCCCAAAUGCUUUGGUUAUUAAAAUCACUCUCAUAGUAAUUUAAUGUGCUGCUAAAAAUAUUCAAGAUUUAUAUUUUUUAUACUAGUGAUUAAAUUAUCUGUUCUAAUAAGUUUUAGUAGUAAAAAAGAUUGAUUUUGUCCGUUCAUUUAGUCAUAAGGAAUAAUAAAGAACUAUGUAACUCGUAUGAAUCGAAACUGGGUACACAACGCUCGGUACACCUCCGUCAACUGGCGAUUGUUUCUGUUUAUCUCGUCACGUCACCUCACUUUAUUCUAGUCUCGGUAUUUGUUCAUUACUGUAACCUUAUCUCCCAUGUCACAUGUACCUUCUUUGUGUAUUUAAUAAUCAGCUUAAUUUUGAAGACCUGUCAUCGUUUUGUCUUAAGUACGAUCCGUCCAAGGUCUAUCUCCAAGAGUGCCAAUUUUCGUGAUAUUAUUUCUGUCCUAAUUUAAUAUUAAAUUUCACACAUAUUUCUAAAAUGGCCACCCAAUGAUCGAAUAGUGUACCUUUCAAUUUACCAAUCUCCGUCUUCAAUUGUUACACCGAUCUGUUAAAAAAACGUAAAGUUCUAUAGAAACGUUUUUGUUGUAAUAAUAAAAUAAAUACAGUAUGAGCUUAGAGCGAUAACAAGCAUGCAUGUCUUUUUAAAGUUUUGGUACCGAUUUAUAAACGUAAAAUAAAUUUAAAACACGAGUAUUAGUGUAUAGGGUAAUGUUAUCAGACAUUAAGAGGGAAGUCUUUCGCCAAUGGUCUUUUUAUGUUGAUCUGCCAAUACGUCACCAAAUUGAGAAAAUGUAAGCAAGUAAAAAUAAAAUUGUUACUAAAACUAUACGAAUUAUAUAACAGGUUAAUAUGAUAGAUAACUUUACAAGACACGAUGCUCUAAAAAUUAAGCCUAAGAAACUGCUAAGAGUUACCGUCUUACUUCUAGUCAUUUUUACUAAUUAAUAACAUAUUUAAACCGCAUACGAUGUUUAAAAACAAAUAUUUAGAGACACGAAUAUUAUUGUAAAUGAACUUAUUCUCUGCAUACAACGAGUUUUUCGUUUUUUGUUAAUUACUAUGAUGUAAUAUUUUGAUAUUUGAGUUUAUUUAAGAAAAAAAUAUUUAAAGUCUGAAAUUCCCCUCGUUCGGGAGCGCUCUGUGGAAGCGAGCUGCGCUUCGGCAGUCAUGAAACUUACUAUAGCAAUAAGCAGUGCAACUGAAGGUGAUCCGAUGUAAUAUAUAUUAUAUAUAUAUAAAUUAUAUUAAUAUUUAGUUGGUAAGUCGUUAGAGAAGCGAGGCGGGUCCCCGGGCCGAGACUGGACUUGCAAGCAGGUUGUUUAGACUUUACGCUAGAAUGAAUUUAUAUCUAAACUAAUGUUAAUAUCUCGAGUUUCCGAAUAAAAAGAGAAUAAACGUAA